GAAUGUGUAAAGUGAUAGCGUCUGCUGUUGCUAGGCGACUGAGGGUCCCGGGAGAGGGAUAUGGCGCAAGGUACGGAGGCUAAAUCACACUGGCCGGGGGAAUAAAGUCACUCUUCCUCGGGGCCUGGGUACACACAGUAGUGAUGGCUGCAGAUGGACUUUACAGGAUGGACACCAGUAAUAUUCACAUCACCAACUGCUUCCCAGCAAGAAGACUUUUUCGGUUAAGUCAUGAAGGGGCUGGGCACUGGCGUGUGGCUUAUAAAGCUGACCAGGAAAGGAAUUUCAGGGCCAUGGUCUGUUCCACAUCAGCUGAACAAAAGGGCAUCUCAUACAGAAAGAAGACCCGUCGUGCAAGAAGUUGCUCCCCAAGCAAGGCUUCUGAGAAUCGUGAAAACAUUCUAGAUGGAUUAUUUUUGAUGAAAACUCAUUAUGCGGAGAAACCUUCAGAUCUGUGUUCUGUGGACGUGAGUGACAAGUUCCUGACUUCAGCUGUAGAAGCAGACUUCACGCAGUUUAAUAGUGUCGCGUACGUAAAUGCAUCAGAAAAUCUGCUGACCCUAGAGACCUUUCGGACCUUUCCUUCGCUAAGGGAGCUGGAUAUAUCCAUGAACGGGAUCAGAGGGAUUCAUGUAAAACCGGGAGAUUUCCCUCAUCUAGAAGUCCUGGAUCUGUCAUACAACAAUCUGUCUCCAAAUGAUAUCUCACAGCUUGGUGUCCUCUCCAACCUCAAAGUGCUCCAUCUAACGGGAAAUGGACUUACUAAUCUCCCCGCAGACAUGAGUGUGUCACAUGCGCAAUAUCCAGAUGUUUUGUUGUUUCCGUCUUUGGAAAUUCUGAUGCUUGAUGACAACAGGCUGUCUCAUGCUUCAGUCUUUGUGAGCUUGGCCAAUCUGAAAAGCCUGACGCAUCUGAAUCUUGACAAAAAUAGCAUUUGUGAAAUCCCCUACAUGCAUCAGAUAGAUCCCAUGGCAGAAAUGAUUGCUGAAGAAGAAGCCCAAGGCCAAAGAUAUGCAAAGGCUCCGAAAACCACUGACGUACAAUGUAAUUACAACUGGGCUAAGCAUACAGACAACAAAUUGCAUUAUGUGGUGUUACCUAAUGAAGAUGAUCCGGACAGAACAGAUGUUGUGUUUAACCGCAGCUCUCCUGAGGUUGUCCUAUCAGCGAAACUUCCUGAUACAAAGAAAAGAUCCAGAUUUGUAAUUUCUGACAAGAUAAUUAAAAAUUUGAGCCAACCAUUUUUUCCACCUCUUCCAAAUUUGAGGUACCUGAGCCUGGCAGAUAACAAGAUUGCGUAUGAAGAGAACCUGAUGUGUGCAGCACUUUUCCCUGCCCUUGAGGAGCUUGUUAUCUUCGGAAACCCACUCACCAGCCUCAGAAGCGGAGACCCUCCUUUGUUAAGAUGCUUUCUCCAGCAGAGUCUGAAGAUCAAGAUAAAGCGCAGAAAAUCGUCUGAAGUGGAAAAGCCGCACAUUUUCAUUCCAAUCAAGGAAAAGAGGAAGGUAAAAACGCACAUCCCUAAAAUACCCAAGCAGCCUCUGACGUUAGAUCUGACAUCUAGCUUCUGCUUAGACUUUCCCUUUACCAGAACUGAUCUAAUGGGAUCCAGAAAGGAAUAUUUGAUGUCUCCAACCCCCCUUCCACCAAUUAACUCGUCCUCAGCAGAUCAGAGGAAUAUUUCCCCAGACAAACAUCAAGAGCCCGCUAGCUCUUUUGACUCAUCCACAUCAGCAGAGACAAGCGCCAGCUCACAUAAUGGUGUGGAGUCCAUUUUUCUGACCCAGGUCGACAAUCUCCCGGAUUCUCAUUGUGAAUCUAGAGCUGAAUCCACAAGCCAGCUGAGUGAGAGGGAGGUGAGAACAGAGGAAGAUGCUGCAGGGACUGACAUUCCAGAUAAAUUCAGAGGCUACGAAGAAUUAUUUAAUGUUAAAACAGACCCGGAUUUCAUAGAACCAGUUGGCAUACAGAACAAUGUGAAAGCUUUGGAAUAUGCUUUGAAGCACCUGCUUUUGUGUCAAGAUUUUAAACCGAGGCUACACAGUUUGGAGAAACCCUACAUUCCUAGAGAAAGCAAGUAUGGAAAACAGUUAUCUCCACUACCUCGGAAGAACAAAAAGCAAAUCUUACAGGAAGUUUUAUUAAAUAUGAGAGAACCGAAAAAUCUAAAACAACUUCCACUCGAGUCCGUUUUACAAAACACAAAAUCCAGCAGUGAAUAUAAGGAAGCACAACGCUUGCUCAAAGAACUGAGACAAAAAUACAAAGUCUUCCAUGAAGAAACAGCACAAAGAGCCUCCAAACUGGAAGUCAGUCUGCUAGAGACAGCACGAGAGCUCAGAGGAGCUGAAAGACGCCUUGCGAAUCUUCAAAACACUGUGAAAAUGACCGAGAAUCCCAGCGACAUCCCAUAAUAUGGCUCAAACCUAAUAUAAUAUUUAUGAUUUGAUCAACAGUACAUGUGUGCAUCACUCCCGUUGAACCUCAGAAUCAUGUAAAUGACUGCAUUUUGCCCAGUAGCAUUUAUUUGAAUAAUUUUUAUAGUUUGUUACAUCAACUGAGACUAAAAUCAAAUGGUGUCAGUUGUCAUGAAAGUUGUAAAGUAAAUCAAUUAUAAGUUA